AUGAUGCAGGCCGAUUAUAGAAAUGUAUCGUAUCAAAAUAUCGGUCAAGGAUAUCCAAAUAACAACAACAAUAAUUCUAAUGAUAGUAUUUUAAAACAAUCAAAUGAUAGACAUGAUACCGAUUCUAUGCGACCAGAUAAUAAUAAUAACAUUCAUACAAAUUAUAAUACUCCCAACGUCAUGAGUAAAAGGCAAAGGUUACGUGAUUUGGUACGAUCCACAAAGGAUUAUUAUUUACCUACUAUUACUUCUACUAUUACCCAAAAGACUAGAGAAGGUAUUAAAGCUGUAAAUAAUACUACUGCAGGGUUAUAUUCCCAUGAUCCUUAUUCAGUAAACGGUAUUCCAUUUAACGUGGAUAUUCACUAUUAUCCAACUUAUUCCACAUAUAAUGAUGAAUUGAAAAAAUUCGAGACAGUUAUAAGGUUGGGUGUUGGUGCACCAGGUGAUCCUAAAUCCAAAAGGAAUAGAAUCAUUAUGUCAUUAUGUAAACGUUAUUUAAGAACAGGUAAUGAAGAAAUAUUUGAUUCACCUAUGUCUAGUAGAACCACCUCAAGAGAUAUUACUCCAACAAACACAAAUCCUAAUUUUGAACCGAAUUAUUAUUUAAAUUCUCCUAAUUCAUCGUCUUCUGAUUUCUCAAAUGAUUCUGGAUAUAGCCGUUACAGUUAUAACAAUGGUGAUAAUUCUCAUAACAUGGGUCGAUACGGUUUAUCUAGUCGUCCUAAUUCAAACCAAUUAAACUAUGCAGACUCCUAUUCGGAUAUAUCAGAUAGUUAUCAAAGUGAACUCGAUAUUUUACAGACCCGUGUUAAUGGGUUUUUAGAGAAAAAAGUUCCUAAUCUUCCAGUAACAAUUGAAUUAAUUGCUAAUCCAGAUGAUGAUUGUACAACUGCAAGCCAUAAUAGUAUGGGAAGUAGCGAUGGUUAUGAUGAAUUUGAUGACAGUGAUGAUAAUGAAAGUCAUCUUUCGAUUAAAAAUAAAUAUAAUUUGGAUAUUUCUAAAUCAAAUUCACAUAAUGAUGUUUCAUUGAAUAAAACAUAUUAUGCAACAACUGAUUAUUUUGGAGAUAUAUAUUUAAGAACAAAGACAAAUUUUUUACCAACUCAAAUGAGAAUUACUUUAAAUUUACCGGACAAUUUCCCCAAACAAGUUUCAAAACGAUUUGCAAUUGAUUUUAUCAAAGGUGACGGUGUGGCUUUAAUUAGUGACAUUGACGAUACUAUUAAGCAUACCGGUGUUACAGGGGAUAAAAUGUCCAUGUUCCGUAACGUAUUUAUACAUCCAUUAGACUCUUGGUUAAUUGACGGUUUACCAAACUGGUACAACAAUUUGCAAGAUCAACUUGAUGUAGAUUUUUUUUAUGUUUCAAAUUCACCUCUACAAAUGUUUCAAUCAUUAGAAGAUUAUAUUCAAACAUAUUAUCCUCCUGGACCGUUAUAUCUUAAACAAUAUUCGGGCAAUUUGUUAUCAAGUAUUAUGGUAUCCAGUGCUUCAAGGAAGUUGGAACCCAUAACUAGAUUAAUGAAAGAUUUUCCAAGUAAGAAAUUUAUCCUUGUAGGAGACUCAGGUGAACAAGAUUUCGAAGCCUAUAUUGAUACUGCAUUGAAUUUUAAGGAUCAAGUAAUUUCUAUUUAUAUUCGUUGUUGUAAAAACUCAAUGAGUGAUUUCCCAGAAAAAGAACAACAAGUAAUGUUUGAAUUAAAUGAAUUAAUUCGAGAAAAUUAUACUGAUACAUUUCUUCGAAAGCAACGCAGUAAAUCUAAAAAAGCCCCACCAAUCCCCACAAAAAAGCCUAUUUUGACACCAGAGCAGAUAAGGAAGAUUAAAAAUUCACGUACGAUAAAUAAAGUGCAUGUGUCAUUGCCUCAACCACCAUUGACACCAAGAAGAGCUCAAACAACAAGUAGUUUUAAAAUUGGAAGUCAUAUCGAUUUAGAUUUCGAUUCAAGAAGAACCGCGCCUUCAGUGUCAACAGUCAUAUAUGAUAAAAAGGAAGAAACAUGGAAGCGUAGAGUUAAUGAUGGGUUGAAUUUACUAAAAUCAAUUGAUCCAACUUCUCAAGGUAUUAGUUUGAUGUUCUUUAAUGAUCCAAAUGUUGUGUGUAAAGAUUCAUUUGAAGAAAUAGAAAAUUUAAGAACGUAA